UCUUGUUUUGACUUUGCUUCAGGUCUGGAGUGUGACUUGGCCACCAACGUGGUAGGGCAGCCCCUGGUGAGGCAGCAGGUGAUGAAGGGAGUGAAGGAGUUCCUGGAGAACCAGAAUCCGGUGAAACCCCUCGUGAUGUCCUUCCAUGGCUCAACUGGAACAGGCAAAACCUACGUGAGCUCCAUGCUUGUCCGCUACCUCUUCCAGGGUGGACUCCAGAGCCCCUAUGUUCACCAGUUCUCUCCAAUAGUGCACUUCCCCCAUGCUGAGCAGAUAGAGCAGUACAAGGAAAGCCUGAAGCGCUGGAUCCAAGGGAACUUGACAAACUGUGGACGGUCAGCUUUUCUCUUUGAUGAGAUGGACAAGAUGCACCCGGGCCUGAUUGACGUGAUCAUACCAUUCCUGGGACCCUCGUGGGUUGUGUACGGGACUAACUACCGCAAAGCAAUAUUCAUCUUCAUAAGCAACGCAGGAGGGGAGCAGAUCAACAAAAUGACGCUGGAUCUCUGGCGUGCCCGCAAGGACCGGGAGGAGAUCAGCCUGCAGGACCUGGCACCGGCCAUCUCCAAAGCCGUGUUUGAAAACCCUCAGAGUGGAUUCUGGAAAUCUGGGAUCAUUAAUGAACAUCUCAUUGAUUUUGUCGUGCCCUUCCUCCCACUGAAGCGCCACCAUGUAAAGCAGUGUGUCAUCAGCGAACUUAUCCAGCAAGGCCUCGAAGUUCGUCCAGAUGUUGUCCAGGAGGUGGCUGACAGCAUCCCCUACUUCCCAGAAGAAGAGAAAAUAUUCUCAUCAACAGGCUGUAAAACAGUGGCCUCUCGCAUCAGUUUUUUCAUCUAG